AUGGCUUCACCGUCGCCCAUCGCAUCACCGCAUAUACACCACAUGCAGAUCGACUCACCUCCUGCACUGCACCACCAUGGCCAUCCGCAAGCCGGCCAGCAGGGCACAUCGUCGCUUUCAAAACGAGACAAGCGCCGUACCGCGAUUGCUAACGCCCUUACGGAACUGAACAACAACUUCACCUUGAGCAAGGAUGACCGGUACAGGACGCAGCUAUCGAUACUUAACGCAGAAAUGCGAGCGAUUGCCGAAACCAAUUGUCACCCGGAUACCAAUGGCAUACUACCGGACUUUGGGGGAGAGGUAGAGGCGGCCAUCGAUGAAGUAUUGAAGAACUCUGGUGUGAUUCUCCCUUCGACAGCCGAGAAGGCGGGCAGGUUCUACAGUAGGUUCAUCGACAAGGUCAAUGACAGUGUGGAGCAGAGAGAUGUCGAAAUGACUGAACUGAACAUGUUUCAUGAACGUCGGAAGAGCACCAUCAAAAUGCACCACGAACUUGCACUUUACCAUGCGGAACAGGAAUACCAGCAUCUGGUUGGUAAUAUUAGGCAGAGAUUGUUGACGAGGCUUCAGCAAAAUCGUAAGAAACUCAUCUCUGACAAAGACAAUCUCGAUUCCACCGAACCAUCCUUCGCAUUUUUACACCCUACCCACUACGCAAACCUACAGCACGAAAAAUCACCUGCAGGCCGUCUUACCGAUAUAUACUCCUCGUUAGAUGGUGCACCGACCCGCAAACUGCGUGGUAGGCGCGGGGAGGACCACAACGGUGAUUCUAAAAGCGGAGACCUAUUAACAAUCCUUCAAACGCUGGAAAGUUCCGGCGGGUUACCUUCUAAUGGCGGAUUACAUGGCUCGCAAAGCCCCGGUGGCCUUGGGAAACGAAAGCGGGCAAACAACCGGAAAGGCGCCGCAUCUCGCGACACUGAUGACAUUCUCUUCAGUAGUUUUAACGAAAUUUCUCGUCCCUCCACGCCAAGAUCCACAGAUGCGACGAGACCUUCACGGUCAGGUGUCCACGCGAGCGACUUUGUGAAACCUUUGUAUACCCUAGAAAAGCUGUUUAGCGAUAAGGAGCUCACAGCUGCUACUUCGGCCGCUCAAGUCGCCACUGUUAAGCACUAUAUGGUGAAAUUUGCAUCCGAUAACGGUAAUCAAGGUCAGAGUUCGCAAGCAAAUGGGCAAAAUGCCGAUACACCAGUGAACGGCGAAGACGCUGUUAUGGAUGAGGACAGUGCCAACGCACCUGCAGCAGGGCCAACGACGAGAAAUGUGACGAGUGCGGCUGCCGCUUCUCAAGGGCACAACAUGACACCGGUUAUACCCCCGUCAUUUCUUACUAAGAGCAUGACGGCGCCGCCACCGGCAGGAUUAAAGCCUGAGGACGCCGCAGGAGACCUCGCGGAGAUUAGGCGAUUAGCGAACGGGGGCGCACCGUCUUCUUAUGUUGCUGUUAAUGGGGCCAUUGGACGCUCGGGCACUCCUAAUAUGAGGUCGCUAUCCGGGUUGGGAGGGGCAGCCAUGAGCAGAGGCGACAACCUGAGUACCAUGAGUAGUCGACGAGGUGGGUUGGGAAAAGAAAAGGAUGACGAUGAUUCCGCGAGUGCCAGUGGGAAGAAGAGCAGUUUAGGACUCGGGAUUACGAGUGCGGGGUUGGAGAGGAAGGCAAGCGGAGAUGGAAGUGAGAGGAAAAAGCAGCGGAGGAACUAA